AUGGCAAACAUGGAUUACGACUGGGACAACCUCAUCCCCUUUGAGCCGCUGGUCUCGAAGAGCCAGCAGUUCCCCGCCGCUUUCAUACUCAUGGCUCUUGGAAUUUGUCUUACCGGCUUCUUCUCGCUGAACAAAUCCAUCGCUAUCGCUCCGCUACUUGCCAUUCCGGCGUCGCUAUCGUUCGCCUUCGGUGCAGUGUUUCUGAUUUGUGCGGUCGGCGUAUACGUAUAG